AUGAAGAAAAACUGUGUUUACCAUAUCCUGGCAAAGAUCAAAGAGGUUCACAACCAUGUCAGCAGCAUCUGCAGCACUUGGGGAAGAGAGCACUUCAAGACAUUUGAUGGUGAUGUGUACCAGUUCCCUGGUAUGUGUGAAUACAACCUGGCCUCAGACUGCCACGAGUCCUACCAUGAGUUCUCAGUACACAUGAAGAGGGAAGAGAAUGAUGGAAAUCCUACAGUCAGUUAUGUGGUGGUCACCAUCAAUGACCUUUUAUUCCACCUCACUAAGAGCCAGGUCACUGUGAACAGCGUGCCUGUCAAAAUGCCCUACAACGAGGCAGGGGUACAAGUGGAAAACAUUGCGGUUUACAUCAAGCUCCAAUCCAAAGUUGGCAUCACUGUCAUGUGGAAUGGUGAUGAUGCAGUCAUGGUGGAACUCGAUCAUGACUAUGUCAAUCGUACCUGUGGACUAUGUGGAGACUUCAAUGGUGUUUCUGUCUUCAAUGAGUUCAUUCUUAAUGGUCGCAAAAUGAGUCCCAUUGAGUUUGGCAACAAUCAGAAAGUCCAUCAUCCAGAUGAUGAUUGUGAAGACCCUUAUGAAAAGGAAAAUGAGCCAAAGGAGACUUUUACUGUGCCAGUUUCAUGCAAGGAGUUUCAAACCACCUGUGAACGAAUGCUUCGUUCAGAGUCCUGGAGCUCCUGCACCAAACUGAUUAACCCUGAACCUUACAUAGAGGCCUGUGUGCAGGACAUGUGUGGCUGCAACAACAGUACAAAUAACUUCUGCAUCUGCAGCACACUUUCGGAGUUGUCUCGGCAGUGUUCCCAUGCAGGAGGGCAGCCUCCCAACUGGAGAACACCUCAGUUCUGUGCUAAACAGUGCCCAUUCAACAUGGUUUAUGAAGAGAGUGGUUCCCCUUGUAUGGUUACAUGCACACAUCUGGAAUCAAGUUCACUGUGUGAGGACCACAAAAUGGACGGCUGCUUCUGUCCUAAUGGAACUGUGUUUGAUGAUAUUUCCAUGAGAGGGUGCAUUGCUCAAUCUGAAUGUCGGUGCAAGCACGACAAAAUCUAUAACCCUGGUGAGGUUUAUCAACAGGUCGGGAAAAAUUGUACAUGUUUUGAGGGUAGAUGGGCUUGUGAGAGCCUUCAGACUCCUGCUACAUGUGCAGUUGAAGAGGGUUCACAUGUAACUACAUUUGAUGGGAAAACUUACACUUUCCAUGGAGACUGUUUCUACACCCUAGCCAAGGAUGAUGCAAGUCCAAAUUUUACCAUCCGGGCCCAGUUGGUGCCAUGUAGACACCUAGAGUCUGACACUUGUCUUAAGAACCUUAAAUUCCUGCUGAACAAUGACAGAAACAACGUAUUAACGUUCACUUCCGAUGGUACAGUAAAGCAGAAUAUGCAGACUAUCACUUUGCCACACCACUCAGGUGACAUCAACAUAUUCCACGCUUCAUCCUUUCACAUCUUGCUCCAGACCAGCUUUGGGUUGCAAAUUCAGGUCCAGCAUGUGCCUGUCAUGCAAGUCUAUGUCAGCCUGGAACCAGGCUACAGAGCAAAGACACGCGGUUUAUGUGGGAACUACAACAUGGUCCUGUCUGAUGACAUGAAGACUCCACAGGGGAUUGUGGAGGGAACAGCAGCAACAUUUAGUAACUCCUGGAAGGCUAACUUCAUGUGCCGAGACAGAGAGGAAAGACUUGAUGACCCCUGUGCCCUCAGUGUGGAAAAUG